GCGUGCUUCUGGUGCCAGAGACAUGCCCCUUUGGCUCGGACGAUGGACGCUAUUCUGCUAUACGGCCACACCUCUGUCGUGUUGCUUUUUUGCACUAAGAAGAACAAAAAAAAGAGAAGUUCGAUGGCGAACGGCUGCGUGGCCCACACUCCGGCCUCUUCUUUCUUACCCACUUUCUGCGUGCAGGGCAUUGUGUCCAUCCAUCCCCCGUACUGGACUGUACAUCACCGAGACGCUCGAUUCUAUAUCUACCCACCCUUCUCCCACUCCUCAGCACAUCUUUUUUUCUUGCAUUCCAUCCAAUCCACCAUUCUUCCAUCUUCCUUUGUGGCGUGUGAACAAUCUCCUUCGCUACUUCAUCAUCGACUUACUCUGCUUUCCAUCCAUCGCUAGGAAUCAAGUAGUCUGCCUAUCGCUCACCCACGCCUCACCACAAUCGCUUUGCUACACUGCUGCUGUUAGCAACUCUCACAAACUACAAUCAUGAAGUUCACUGCUGCCGCUCUCGGCCUUGCUGCCACCGCCGCUGCCGUCCCCGGCGCUGCUCCUGAUAACCUUCGCCCUGACUCCAAGGCCCCUGCUGGCUGCAGCGAAAACUACGAUGGCCAGUUCGAGCUCUCCAUCUUCAAGCUCGCCAAGCGCCAGCUGAUCCAGAAGCGCGACACCCUUGUUCUCACCCUCAAGAACGGUGUCCUCAAGGACUCCCAGGACCGCACCGGUGCCAUUGUCGCCAACUACCAGUUCCAGUUUGACGGUCCUCCCCAGGCCGGCUCCAUCUACACUGCUGGUUUCUCCACCUGCCAGAACGGCUCUCUCGCCCUCGGCGGUUCCACCGUCUUCUACCAGUGCCUCUCUGGCGACUUCUACAACCUCUACGACCGUCACUGGGCUGCUCAGUGCGAGCCCGUCGAGAUUGUUGCCCAGCCUCACGGCAAGGCUCCCGCCGGCGGCAACCCCCCUGCUGGUGGUAACGGCAAGAACACUGUCGGCACCAGCAUGGUUGUCACCACCAUCGUGACAGCUCUCCCCGACGGUCAGCCCCAGGUCGUCACCACCCAGCUCCCCGUCCCUCUGUGCCAGAUUGGCGAUGGCCAGAUCCAGGCUCACACCACUCCUUGCGACAAGGUCCCCAACAACCCUCCCGUCUCUCAGAUUGGUGAUGGCCAAAUCCAGGCUCCCACCAACCCUCCCGUCAUCACCCAGAUCGGUGAUGGUCAGAUCCAGGCCCCUACUGGCGGUGCCAAGGUCUCCCAGAUUGGUGACGGCCAGGUUCAGGCUCCUUCUGGCGGCAACAAGGUCUCCCAGAUCGGUGACGGUCAGGUUCAGGCUCCUACUGGUGGCGCCAAGGUCUCUCAGAUCGGUGAUGGCCAGAUCCAGGCCCCUACCGGCGGUGCUAAGGUUUCCCAGAUUGGCGAUGGCCAGAUCCAGGCUCCCACUGGCACUGGCGGCGCUGCUCCCACUGCUCCCGCUACCGUCCCCCACGCUGGUGCCGGCCGCAGCGUCCCCGCCAUGGGCGGUCUCCUCGCUGCCGGUCUUGCCGCCGUCUUCUUCCUUUAAAUGCUGAAAACUGCUUGGAAGUAAUGAAUAGGUAGUUGGUUGAUGGUGGUAAAGUCUAGCGCUGCCACUGCUGCCACUGCCUCAAUUGUGAAAUUUUGUUCGGAAUAUUUUGGGUUUAGCUUGGACAAAAAGAGGACCAAGUCUUAAUGACAUGAAAUGUGCUUUUUUGCUUUUCUUCUCUGGCAUCGAGAUGACGCAUAUAAUGAAAGAGAAUUGGUGGCCCGAUGUAUGGAAGUCGGUCGUGGUAAUAUACACUACACAUAGUCACUAGUACAAAUGAGAUUUUCAAACUUUUCAAACU